AUGAUGAGUGCACUAAUUUUGAUAGCCGUCUUUUUGAUGGGGGUGUAUAAAUUUUAUUUCAAAAACACCAUUACUUUCAAAAAAGCUACGAAAUAUGGCGACAGCAAGACGGUUGUUUUAAAAGAGGCACCGGGCCCGACUCCUCUCCCGGUUAUAGGUAGUUUACACCUUUUGGGGAAAUGCGAGUCACCUUUUCAAUCCUUUACGGAAUUGGCAAAGGAAUAUGGGGAUAUAUUUAGCAUCAAAUUGGGAGCUACGAAGUGUUUGGUUGUUAACAACUUAGAGUUGAUUCGGGAAGUACUAAAUCAAAAUGGCAAAUUCUUCGGCGGUCGUCCGGACUUCUUACGAUUUCAUCAACUAUUCGCUGGAGACAGAAAUAAUUCUUUGGCGCUUUGCGACUGGUCCAACCUACAGUUAAAGAGACGUAACUUAGCAAGACGCCAUUGUGGGCCAAAACAGCACACCGACAACUUUUCGAGAAUCGGCGACGUCGCCACUUUCGAAUCCGUUGAACUUAUUCAAACAUUGAAAGGUAUUGCACGAAGUACCGACGCAGCAAUCAACCUAAAACCAAUCCUUAUGACCACAGCGAUGAAUAUGUUCAGCCAUUACAUGUGCAAUGUCAGAUUCGAUGCAGAAAACGAUGUAGAAUUCAAGAAAGUCGUGGACCAUUUCGACGAGAUAUUCUGGGAGAUCAAUCAAGGGUAUGCCGUCGACUUCCUACCUUGGUUGGCGCCGUUCUACAAAAAACAUUUGGACAAACUAUCUGGCUGGUCUCAGGAGAUCAGAUCUUUCAUACUAUCCAGGAUUGUUGAACAGCGGGAAAUGAACUUAGACACAGAAGGCCCUGAAAAGGAUUUCCUAGAUGGUUUGCUCAGGGUUUUGCACGAAGAUCCUACCGUUGAUAGAAACACGAUCAUUUUUAUGUUAGAAGACUUCCUGGGCGGUCACUCUUCGGUAGGUAACUUGGUGAUGUUGUGUCUCACAGCUGUCGCCAGGGAUCCAGAAGUUGGCAGGAAGAUACGAGCUGAACUGGAUGGCUUGACUAAAGGGAAGCGACCUGUUAGCCUUUUAGACAGGCCGAACUUGCCUUACACUGAAGCCACUGUGCUCGAAUGUCUUCGAUACGCUUCUUCACCGAUUGUACCCCAUGUGGCGACAGAAAACGCUGCUGUGGCUGGUUAUGGAGUGGAGAAAGGAACUAUAGUCUUCAUCAAUAACUAUGAACUGAAUAUGUCUGAAGAGUACUGGAAGGAGCCUGAAAAAUUUGAUCCAACUAGGUUUUUGGAGAAGAGCAAAACAAAGGUACGUAGGAACUCCCUUUGUGAUUCUGGCAUGGAGUCUGACGGAGAAAGACCAAUGAAGGCGGUCGGUGAAAAGGAAGGGUGGAGUGUUAUGAAGAAUAUCCCUCAUUUCCUCCCAUUCAGCAUCGGGAAGAGGACGUGUAUUGGUCAGACUAUGGUCACAACGAUGAGUUUUGUAAUGUUUGCUAGCAUCAUGCAAGAGUUUGAGGUAGCUGCAGAACACGCCGAGGACCUAAGACAGAAGCCUGCCUGUGUAGCGUUACCAAAAGAUACAUACCGUUUUUAUUUAGUGCCUAGAAAGCAUUAA